AUAUAGUUCAUUCGUUCACUUCAUUCAGUAAUCAGUGAUGAAAACUUCCAAAUUUUUGAAAAACGAUGGCUUCUUGUGUCGGUGGUUAUCCACAAGAACGUUUUCAAUAUCCGGUAGAUAAGAAUUUCUUCUGUCCAAUUUGUACAGACGUACUAAAAGAUCCAGUGCAAUGCCACAACCAACACUACUUCUGUAAAGCAUGUAUCACAAAACAUCUCGAGAAUUCUAAGACGUGCCCUAUAUGUGUUGAAAAACUGACGGAGGAGAAUCUAAAUAAACCACCAAGAAUCGUAACAGAUUAUUUAGAUGGAUUGAUAAUCAAUUGUGAUUAUAGUGAGAGAGGUUGCACUGAGUUCCUGGAACUUGGAAAUCUUGCCAAUCAUACUCCAAUGUGUGGUUAUAGACCUGUGACUUGCCCUAAUAAAAGAUGUGAGACAACAGUAAACAUGAAAGACCUAGAACAACACAGGAUAGAGCAUUGCGAGUAUAGACUGAUUUGGUGUCAGGAAUGUGAUGAGGAAAUGUCUGUUAAGAAAUAUGGUAAACAUACAUGUAUAUUGAGUAAAGAAAUUGAUGAAAUGAAAGCAAUGUUGUUAGAAGUGAAAGAUGAAGUCACCAAAAUCUGCAAGAAUCAAAAUGAAAAAUUAAAUGAAAUACAACAUGCUCUAGACAGUAAGAUGGAUGAAUUACUGAAGGAGAUUCAUCUUCUCAGUUCUAAAAAAGGCUCAGGUAAAGAUCAAGGACUAUCUCCUCCACAAGCCCAAGCCACGAGUUCAAGCAGUGCAGAAACUGACAAGAAUAUUAUGAUAUUGGGUGGGAACAAUAAGAUUUCAUUAAGUUCUGUUGAAAUGUAUUCCACUAGCAAAAAGACCUGGAUAAAUCUUGCACCAACACAAGAAUCCAGAGUCUCCUCAACUGCACACUAUUAUGAAGGCAAAGUUUUUGUCACAGGUGGGCAUUGCAAUGGGUCACCUGUAGGGAGCAUAGAGUACAUGAACAUCAGACAAGGACAGUGGCUUCCUUUUGCACGUCGUCUUCCAGUCAAAUGCCAUGGCCACAACUCAGUCAUCCACAAUGAUCGACUAUGGGUUAUUGGAGGAAUGCUGGUUAAACAACCAUGUUCCGAUUCCAUUCACGAGAUGAUGCUUAAUCCACCAUACACUUCAAAGCUCAAGUGCAAGUUGCAGGAGCCGCUUGCCUACCAUGGCUCAGAAGUUGUUGGUAGUAAUAUUUUAAUCCUUGGUGGUUCUACAACUGGUUAUCAUCAAGAUGCAGUUAGCCAUGUUUCUCUAUACAGUACAGUGCAGAACAGAAUCCGAAAAGUUCAAGCCUUACCUUUUCCAGUCAUGGACAUGACAACUGUCAAGCAUGGAGAUGAAGUCAUCAUCAUUGGUGGUAGAAAUCAAAAGAAUGAAAUUUUAAAUUUGGCUUUGGCAUACAAUUAUAAAAAGUCUAAAUGCCGACAGUUGCCCAACAUGAAGCACAAGAGAGCAGAAUGUGCAGCAGUUAUAUCUGGGAAUAAGGUUUAUGUCAUGGGAGGCUUCAAUUGGGAGAGCAGAUAUCUUAAUUCAGUGGAAUGCCUGGAUCUUGCAAACCUACUUUGGGAAGACCUACCACCCAUGAAUGAAGCAAAAGAUAAAAUCAAUGCUGUUUCUAUACCUAAAUUCCUCCUUUGAUCCUCCCAGGAUUCUACAUAAUUUAAUAUAUGUCACUGAAGUAGGAUAGAUAUUGAAAAAUGCAUGUUUUACAUUCAGUAGCUUCGCAUUCUGAUCACAAUCUUUAUCAACCAUUUGAACAAUGGACUGCAUGCCAUAGCAUGUUAUAUAUGUUCGAGUGAACAGCUAGGUCAUGUACUAAUUAAGUACUAAUCAAUUUAGAAUAUAUUGUUUAAGUAUGAAUGUAUCAAUCAACGAUUCAACCUGCAAAAAACAAUUUAAAAUAAUCAUCAAUAAAUUUUCACAAAAUUCUUGCAAACUGUGAAGAGGCCAAGAAGAAGUGAAAAUUGUUUUUUUCGAGUCCAAACAAAAAAUAAAGAAGUCAAAAUCGAGUUAUUUGGCAUUGAUCAAUUGCUCAAUUCAAUGUACCAAAUUGUACCAAAUAUAAUUGGAUCUGAGCAUGCACAAUUACAGCCUACCAACCCAAC